GUAGAACGUGAGUGGAGUAGGGUAUUUCAGUUAAAGGAUUUUGGGGACGGUUUUCUUUGGCAGGCCGGUUUCUUAAAGGAGAUUCCUGGCCCAGAGAGGUUGCUGGCUGUGCACUAAAGGCUCACUGCUUUAAAUUGAUCAUUGAUCGGUCAUUGCUGCAAGGCCAGGAAGAGCAGCUCGAGUAGCUUUCCUAGCCUGAGACCCACAUCAGCUUACCCGCAGGCUUUUGGGCCCCCGCCAUGGCUGAGCUGAUCCAGAAGAAACUGCAGGGAGAGGUGGAGAAAUAUCAACAGCUACAGAAAGACUUGAGUAAAUCCAUGUCGGGGCGGCAGAAACUUGAAGCACAGCUAACAGAAAAUAAUAUCGUGAAGGAGGAACUGGCCCUGCUGGAUGGAUCCAACGUGGUCUUCAAACUUCUGGGUCCCGUGUUGGUGAGACAGGAGCUGGGGGAAGCUCGAGCCACUGUGGGGAAGAGGUUGGACUACAUCACAGCUGAGAUUAAGCGAUACGAAUCCCAGCUCCGGGAACUGGAGCGGCAAUCAGAGCAGCAGAGAGAGACUCUGGCUCAGCUGCAGCAGGAGUUCCAGCGGGCCCAGGCAGCCAAGGCUGGAGCUCCUGGAAAGGCCUGACCUCGUGGUGGGGGGAAGGGGAGGGGAGGGAAUGAGGCAGCUCUGGGGUCUAUACUGUAGCUAAUAAAAUGUGAAAACAAUCA